GGAUAAGCAUGUCAUUUUUUCAGCCGCAGGCAAGAGCUGCACCACAAAGACAAGCUGCUGAACCACAGCAUCAGCCAUGGGUCGAAAAAUACCGUCCAAAAACCAUUGACGACGUCUCAGCGCAAGAACAUACUGUUGCUGUACUCCGAAAGACAUUAACUUCGUCAAACUUGCCACAUAUGCUGUUCUACGGGCCACCUGGUACUGGCAAGACAUCCACUAUCCUCGCACUGGCACGGCAGCUAUUUGGGCCAGACAACUUCCGCUCAAGAGUGCUAGAACUGAACGCUUCUGACGAGCGUGGAAUUAGCAUUGUCCGCGAGAAAAUCAAGAAUUUCGCGCGGCAGACUCCGCGCGCACAGGUAGUCGCAUCCGAUGGAAAGACGUAUCCCUGUCCACCGUACAAAAUCAUUAUCCUCGACGAAGCAGACUCCAUGACGCAGGAUGCUCAGGCCGCGUUGAGACGAAUCAUGGAGACAUACGCCCGUAUCACCCGAUUCUGCCUCGUAUGCAACUAUGUGACUCGAAUCAUUGAGCCCCUCGCCUCUCGGUGUUCCAAGUUCCGAUUCAAGCCUCUCGACCCCACCUCUACCUCGAGUCGCCUGGCGGAGAUUGCAGCAGCAGAGAAGAUCCCUGUCACUGAUGCUGUCAUCUCUGCUCUCAUUAACACCUCUCAUGGCGAUCUCCGUCGUUCUAUCACGUAUCUUCAAUCCGCCUCACGCCUUUCUAUGUCCACAACCCCUCCAACGGACAUUACACCCAGUGAUAUCGAGGAGAUCGCAGGCGUCGUGCGGUCCUCGGUUAUCAACGACUUCGCAACUACGCUUGGCGUCGAAUUGGUCUCUGCAGAUGCCAUGGAUAUAGACAGUAGCGUGAAGGCGAAGGGCUUUGACGCAGUCAGGAAGAUAGUGAAGGCUAUCAUCCGGCAAGGAUAUUCAGCCUCGCAGAUCAUCUCUCAACUUCAUGACCUCGUAAUCGAGCAUCCUACACUGUCGGCGAGGCAAAAGUCCCAGUGUGCUCUUGCCUUCGCUGACGCAGACAAGGCCCUGUGUGACGGUGCCGACGAAGAGCUGUGGAUUCUUGAGGUCUCUCUGCGAGUGCAUAAGGCGCUGUCGACAUGAUUCAAGCCUUCGUGUUGUCGCCUUUCUUACCCUUGUAGCCGUAGUCUGUUGUUAUUUCCGGUCAUUUAUCCUGCUUUGUACGUUGCUUCCGGG